ACCAAAUCAAAAGUAAUAGAAAACUUUUUAUUGUCAUUUAUUUGAAUACCUUUUUACCUCAGAGAAAAUUAUUUUGCUAGAUAGAAAACUUAAUUUGGGAAAUUAAACAAUAUAAAUGUCUUUCAAUCGCCGUUUGUCCUUUGUAGCAGAAUGGUAUCAGGAGGAAGCUGCAAUUGUACGCACCUUUACUAUAUGUUUUUUUCCGGCGGGCAAUGCGAUCGAAGUGUAUGAUCAACAACACAAGCGCACUUUUCUUCGGCGCACCAAAAUGCCCGAAUUAGCUGAACGCGACUUUUUUAUUGGUUCAAAAAUCAACAUUUUUGGUAGACAAUUUGAUAUUGUCGAUUAUGCCGAUGAAAUGACCAAGAAUUCACUCGACAAAUAUCGGAAAAAAACUUUCCUGCUGCUCAAGUAUACUUGUAUUCAACAUUUGGGUACCGUGCUCUGUGCCCUUAUCGAUUGCAAUUUUAGUAUAAAAAGAGGGCUUAUGGUGCAAUUCACACCCGAGCAGGUGAAGGCCUUUUUAAUUAAAAAACCCAAUGUUGAGAUAUCGAACUUGUUAAUGAAUCAACUAAUUGGUGGACCUUCUAUUGGCUUCGAAGUCAUAGCCGAUAAUGCGGUACAGAAAAUUAAAUUAUGCAAGGAACAAAGUAAAGAAUGUGCUAAUGAUAGCACAAUUGCGCCACUUGUAACAUUAUUCGAACGGGAAGACAUUCGCAUAGGUAUUUACAUUCCAAAUGAUGAAGAGGAAGCAGAACAGGACCUUAAUUUCUUUUUCAAUCCAAAAAAUGGGUUGCAAGUCACACUACGAUUGAAAAACUCCACAUUAGGCAUAAUAAAACCACAUUGCAUUAAAGAAGGAAACUUAGGACGUAUAAUCUCAGAAAUAACAAAUAACGGGUUCAAAAUUUCUGGACUGCGCAUGAAUUUAAUGGAGCGCGUAAAUUGCGAAGAAUUCUUCGAAGUAUAUCGUGGCAUAUUGCCUGAAUAUAUUCCAAUGGUGGCACAACUCGCAAGCGGUGUGAGUAUGGCGCUGGAAAUCGUUUCUGCAGAUGAAAACAAAGAUGGCUAUGAGGAGUUCAGACAGUUCUGUGGCCCAAUGGAUCCGGAAAUUGCAAAAAUGUUGCGUCCACACACGUUACGUGCCAAGUUUGGAGUCAGUAAAACAUUAAAUGCUGUUCAUUGCACUGAUUUGCCUGAUGAUACAAUUUUGGAAUUGCAAUAUAUUUUCAAAAUUUUGGAUUAG